AUGGCCAACAACUCUGAUAUUCUGUCUACUUGGAAUGAAACAUUUGGAGAGAAUGAGCAACGCUAUGGAAGCAAAAGCUACGAACUGGCAAUCUCGGUGGUGGUGCCCGUUGUUACGAUCCUUGUUAUGCUCUCCAUUGGCUGCACCCUUGAGAUGAAGAAACUGUGUGGCCACAUCAAGAGACCCUGGGGAAUCGCUGUGGGGAUGAUGUGCCAGUUUGGGCUGAUGCCCCUCCUAGCCUGCAUCUUGCUGAUGAACGUCUCCGUGGGAUCGAUCCAAGCCCUCGCCAUAUUCUUCAUCGGCUGUUGUCCUGGGGGGGCAACGUCCAAUGUUAUCAGUUACUGGAUAGAUGCAGACAUGGACCUGAGCAUCAGUGUGACUGUCUUCUCUAACGUGGCCACCUUGGGAACUAUGCCACUUUUCCUCUUCCUCUUCUCAUCUUUCUGGGAGUCUGAAGAUAAUGUUGAAGUUCCGUUCAAGACCAUAGGGACAAUUUUUCCAGGCUUGCUCAUACCCACAGCUUGUGGCAUUUUUGUAAAUUAUAGAUGGCCCAAACAAUCCAAAAUAAUUCUCAAGGUUGGAAGCAUUGUUGGAGCCAUACUUGUUCCAGUUCUUGUAAUACUCAACGUUGUGAUGUAUGAAGGUUCUUGGGAUGUUGGUCCCUCUCUUCUGAGAGUUGCUGCCAUAUUCCCAUUGGUAGGCUACCUUGCUGGCUUUCUAUUGGCCCGUCUCACCUGCCAGUCUUGGCAAAGGUGUCGGACAAUUUCUGUGGGGACAGGGACUCAAAACAUGCAGUUAUGUGUCACUGCACUUCAGAUGUCUUUCAGCGCAAAGCAUUUUGGCCAAGUACUUCCUUUCCUUAUGAUCUAUGCGAUUUUUCAGCUGCUAUAUUUGCUUGGAAUAGCGGCUGCUUACCAGACUUACAAGAAACUUCUAAGGAAACCAGCAGCAGAAGAGAGGCCGACUGAUCCAGAUAGGAAAACGUCAGACAAUCUGCAUGGCGAGGUCAACCUGGGAUUUGAAAAAAGGCAAGGAGCAGAUGGUGAAUUUCAAGAGGGACAGGAAUUCCAAAAUGGCUUAGCUGAGCAUGGAUCUGAAUAUGCCAUGUGUUGA